AAUAAUAAUAAAUUUGUGUGAUUGAAGUGAAGUGCAAUUAAAUCAAAUAUCUUUAACCCGAUUAGACAUGAAAAUGGAUACGUUAUCACAACAACAAACUGUGAGCACAAGCGGUGGUCAACAACCGAUAUCGGGCUCAACAGUUGACCAUCUGUUUAGGGAUUGGUUGCCACGACUUCUGGAGGAGAAAAAACAUUUGGUUGAUGUCGUCAAAAGUGUCUAUCAGUGGAAUAUAACCCGAAACAAGCAAAUAGUGUCCGUUUGGACACUGGAUCUAAAAUCUCCCGGCGGUGCCAUAUAUGCCGGUGCGGCUAAAGUGAAGCCCGAUUGCUGUAUAACCAUCGAUGAAGAGGCCUCUCUGGGAAUGUUUACGGGAACAUUAGAUCCCGCAAAGGUA